AUGCAACAGGCCCUUCAGUUCAAUGUCCAACUUCAUUCUAUUUUACUCGUAGAUCAUUCUUGGCAUCAAGAUAUCAUAGAUUUUUAUGUAAACAGUAACGGCGGAAAUCUUGUGUUCGAAGGAGCUGCCAACAAGACUAUCGAGUUCAUCUCCGGAGUAGAUGGAAAUAUCUUCAUCAGCGGCUACAACAUAAAGGAAAUUGUGGAAAAGAUACCUCAGGCAUUUGGGACUGCUAAACCGUAUCACUAUGAUCAGACCAUCACAAGCAUAAACAAAAGGAUUGAUGAAUUAGAAAAAAUUGUUCAGGAUAUGAAAGCAGCGCUAAUAAAAGAUGAAUGCUCAUCAAAUCCUUGUUUCUAUGGAGCCACUUGUGUUAAUGAGUUCAAUGGUUUUAUGUGCAUUUGUACAUCUGGUUUCACGGGAAAGUUGUGUGAUGUGGAUGUUGAUGAAUGUGUCACGCUGAAUAACACGGAUGUUGGUUGCUUCCAACCAGAGAAGUGCUUCAACUUUUUGGGUGGCUUUGCAUGUGAAUGCCCACCUGGACGCUAUGGGGCAAGGUGUCAUAACACGGCAGGUACAUGUGGUUCGUCAUCAAAUGUUGAAAUGUGUGGGCACGGUACUUGCUACCCCAUCUAUGGAGAUACAUCAAACCGGAAAUAUUCAUGUCAAUGUGACCCUGGAUGGCAAACUUACUAUAGAGUGAACAAUUCAGCUUGCAUAAGUGAUAUCAAUGAAUGCCAAAGUAGUGGUUUCUAUCCAUGCUCGGAGGAACCAUACGUGGAAUGUGUUAACACGAUGGGCUCGUUCAGAUGUAAAGAUUGCCCAGCUGGUUUUUACGGUGACGGUAGAACAUGUCGAGACGUAGAUGAAUGUGCAGUUAACAAUGGCGGUUGCUCUCUUGAACCACUUGUUUCAUGUCAGAAUACCAUUGGCUCAUUCAGAUGCGGUGACUGUCCAGCGGGUUACAAAAGCGGACCUAUCAACACUUGUAUUUUAUUGGGAGUUUGUGAGUCUAACAAUGGAGGAUGUCACCCAAUGGCAGACUGCACCCCUGCCCCUGCUAACGUAGCUGAUGGUCAACUGGUGAAAAUUUGUACGAUGCAUCUACUUAAAAUAUGUAUGCUCGUUUGCGUACUACUAAACGUCCUUAGAGACGUGUGGAAUAUUACGCUUCCUUUACAGCUCGUCUCCCACCAAAAGGCGUUGGUUGGAUGCAAAGAACUUGCAAAUGUCGGGACGCCAACGACAGCCGAAAUGUAUGUAUGUACAUGUGAGCUAGGCUGGGCUGGCCCUCUGUGUGAGAGACAAAUUUCGAGAAACUGCUCACUCAGUCCUUGUAGAAACGGUGGCACAUGCAUGCCUCUUGGUGACGAACUUAUUUGCCUCUGCCCACCUAGGUUCACUGGGUACGCGUGCGAAAUUCCAUUCAAUGGCAAGUUGUUUUGUUUUCUUUUAAAACUUUCUUACCUGAUAAUUUUUUAG